GAAAAAGACAGCUACUGCUACGGUGGCUGCUGCUGUGCGCGCAGGGGUUGAGCGGCUCGUAACAGCGAGCCAGCGGAGCAGAGGCCCCGCGCUGCUUGCCCCCGAUACCCGCGUGACAUUCAUAUAUAUUGGGGCUGCUGCUGCAUCGUGACAACAAAAAAGUAAACACACACACACACAAUCAUCACGAGCUGCGCACAAGAACCAGAGCCCAAUAAUUGAAAAAUGUCCGGAAUCGCGAGUACGGGUCUUGCGGUAUUCGAAUCCCUCAAGAGCAAGGCUUCGGAAAAACUCGCAGGGCUAAAGCGUGGCGGCGACGGUGGCUACAUCGGUGGUGGCGGCAACACAGGUUACGAGGAGUUCGACCCGGAUGGCCAGGUCAACAGGGACAUCGGUGGCGGGGGCGGCGGCGGCGGCUACGAGGAUGACCGGGGCGCGGCCUACAGGAAGCAGCUGUCGCUCGACUCUUUGCCGGAACCCGAGCGACCGCCUCUGCGACACAUCGACACUUACUGCAAGCCCGAGUGUCCCUGCUUGUCCAAGAGGUACACCAUCGCCUUGCUGGCUUGUGUUGGUUUCAUAAUUUCGUUCGGCAUGAGAUGCAACAUGGGCAUGGCCAAGCUGAAAAUGAGCAACGACUCGGACAACGUGUUCAACUGGACGGUGGCGACCCAGAGCGCCGUCGACUCGUCCUUCUUCUGGGGCUACCUGGUGACGCAGGUGCCGGGCGGCUUCCUCGCCUCCCUCUACCCGGCCAAUCGGAUCUUCGGCAUGGCGAUCGUGACGUCGUCGUUCCUGAAUCUGCUGGUGCCCGGGGCGAUCAGCAUGCACCCGGUGGUCUACAUGUUCGUGCAGGUCUGCAAGGGCCUCGUGGAGGGCGUCACGUAUCCGGCCUGCCACGGCAUCUGGAAGUUCUGGGCGCCGCCGCUGGAGCGAUCCCGACUGGCCACGCUGGCCUUCUGCGGCUCGUACGCGGCCGUCGUCAUCGGCAUGCCGCUCUCGGGCGUGCUCAGCAGCGUCUUCGGCUGGACCGCCUCCUUCUACUUCUACGGCAUAUUCGGCCUGAUCUGGUACUGCUUCUGGCUGUGGCUGUCGUUCGAGAAGCCCUCCAAGCACCCGAGCAUCUCGGCCCGCGAGCUGCGCUACAUCGAGGACUCGCUCGGCUCGUCGCAGACGAACCUGCCGAUGCCGACGUUCGCCACGACGCCCUGGCGGGCCUUCUCCACCUCGAUGCCCGUCUACGCCAUCAUCGUGGCCAACUUCUGCCGCUCGUGGAACUUUUACCUGCUGGUGCUCUUCCAGGCGCGCUUCAUGCACGAGGCCUUCGACAUGCCCGUGGUCGAGACGGGCUUCCUCGGCUCGCUGCCCCAUCUGCUCAUGACCCUGAUCGUGCCCUGCGGCGGUCUGCUGGCCGAUUACCUGCGCAAGAGCGGCACCAUGACCACCACCAACGUGCGCAAGCUCUUCAACUGCGGCGGCUUCGGCAUGGAGGCCCUGUUCUUCCUCGUCGUGGCCAACUGCACGACCCAUCGCAACGGCGCCGCCGCCACCACGGCCCUGACCAUCGGCGUCGCCUGCAGCGGCUUCGCCAUCUCCGGCUUCAACGUCAAUCACCUGGACAUAGCGCCGCGCUACGCCAGCAUACUCAUGGGCAUGUCCAACGGCAUCGGCACCAUCGCCGGCCUCUUCGUGCCGAUCUUCGUGGACAACAUCACGCGCAACAAGGACCCCGAGAGCUGGCGCAACGUCUUCAUCAUGGCCGCCUGCGUGCACUUCGUCGGCGUCACCUUCUACGCGAUAUUCUGCUCGGGCGAGCUGCAGCCCUGGGCCGAUCCGACCGCCGAGGAGAAGGCCGCCUGGAAUCCGCUCGACGAACUCGGCCAGACCAAGCCACCGGUGCCGCCACCGCCGCAGAUCAUGCAGACCCAAUUCAUGAGACAGCCGUCGGGCGAGAACCAAGCGAUGGGCGGCUACAAUCAAUACGGGGAUCAGCAGCAAGUGCCCUCGUACCAGCAAGCCGCCGGCACGUAUCAGCAGGCACCGGCCUAUCAGCAGGCGAUGGCCGGCAGCGAGUAUCAGCAGCAGCACGAGCCGAUGAUGAGCAAUCAGGCGGCGGCCAUGAGCUACGGCGCCACCGACGGCAGCGUCAAUCCCUUCGUCGCGGCUGCCGCCGCUGCCCCACCGGUCCCCUCGACGAAUCCCUUCGCCAGUGGCGCCAUGAGCGCCUCCUACGUGCAGCCCGCCGCCAGGGACGAUUACAGUCACGACGUCGUACAGCAGUCUCAGCAGCAGUGGCAGCAGUGAGCGUCGCCGUCGUCGCCGAAGCACGACGAUCAUGCGAAAGAGUAAGACUGGUAAUCUGGGCCAAGGCUUUCUUAAUUAAUAUGUAUUUCGAUUCAGCUCUUAAAUUUAUCGCCGGCUGGCUUAUGAAGAUUCGAUUUUAUUUUUUCGAUCGAAAGGCUUCGAUUUCAAUGUAGUUGUUGUACGUUGAAUCUAUUGUCUAUAAUGUUAUUGCGUGGAAUUGAUUUCGGUUGGAUUUGACGCGCAGAAGCCCAUGAUUUUGAGAAUUCGUAUCAGGAGGAAUAGAUCGUUAGGAAAAAAUAAUCAUAAAAUAAAAGUUAUAUUACAAUAAAAAAGCUAUAAAACAAAUUAAUACAUAUCGAGUGCGGGAGCUUAAUCGAGUGGACAGUAAAAAAUAGGCAUUUAAUAAAAUUUUUGCGUGUAUCGUCUCCUCCUUUCACGAAUUAAGUCAAUAUAAAUUUUCAUAUGACAUCCAAUACAUAUAUAUUAGUAACUUAGUCCAGAUUACUACUAUACUUCAUAAUCGUCUAGGGAUCAGUCGAGCAGCUGGUCUAUACACGAAAAAGUUGAUAGCUUUAUAGGGAGAGAUUAUUUAAUUGAAACGAAGAGAUAUUUACAAUUUUAUUGUAUUUGCCUGGUGCAGUACCUAUGAAAAAAAAUAGGCAGAGUUCAGAGCUGCUGAAAUCAUAAAAAAAAAUAUGCUUGUGAAUUACAAAUGUUUAGGUUGCUAAUUUCAAAGCUAUAAAUGCAUAAAGUAUGUGCGAGAGAUAACGAUUCAAAGAGAAGAAUAUUUUUUGUACUAGUAUUAUAGCCAUGUUUUUGAUGGCUAGCAUAAUUGAACAAACGAGAGAAAAAUACACUCGAAACUAUUGAAAGUCAUUAUUGACACGAUGAAAGUAUAAUAGAUUGGUAGUUAACUCGAAAAGUAUAACAAACAUUGAAAGUAUCUAUAAACGACAAGAGCGUUUUGUCUUUUGCAUUUCGAUCGAACGUUUUUUAAUUAAUCAAUUGGCAAGAUUGCUUUUUAUACUUAUACUUUUAAUGAUUCUAUGACAAUAUAAAUGAAAGUAAAACCAAGUGCUCCAAACGACAAACAGUCAUCGGUACAAUAAUAUUUUGGAUAUAGAUAGACAAUUUCCAAAAAAAUAAGUAAAUAAAAUUGACAAUAUACAGAUUGCACUUUUUAAAAAUAGCACAUCACAAUUAACGAAAAAUGGAACAAAAAUAGACCGCUGAUCAAACAAUUUUGAAAUAAAACUUUAAAUGACAAUAUUAUAUUCUGGCCAAAAAAAUUACUAACUGAAAGUAUUAUUCACAUAAACAACAGUUUGAUGGCAGUGUAUACGACGAUGCCUAUAAACAUCCAAAACACUUUUGUACGACGAUUAUAUAUUAUAUUGAACAAUAACCUGACUAACAAAAUCAAAAUAUUAUACGGCCUUUUUGAUGGGAGGGUGUGGGUCGACAAUAAAUGCACUUAUGAAUAGUAUGCACCGUCACAUCUGGAAUCAACAUUUUUGCAUAAUGGAAUUUUGAGGAAAAAAUUUUAAUCGAUAAUAUUUCGGCAACAAUUUCGAAAAUAUAAAGACAAUAAAACAAAUCGCAUGUGAAGUAAUUAUAGCCUACACUAAGAAGAUCAAAGGCAGAGCCGUUUGCUGCCACUUUUAAUGUAAAAUUUUUCUUUGAUGAGAAUAACAAAAUCUAUUGCACGAUACAAGAAAAUUUUAGCAAUAAAAAAAGGCAUUUUAGGGACAUGACAGGAAACUCGGGAGCAUAAACGUUGCACAUUCGAAAAUUUUGGUAAAUUUUUGAACGAAAAAGUUAAAAAUUCACUCAUAUUAUCGUGAAAAAUAAUAGGUACUUUGAAUUAAUGGAAAGCCCUGACAAUAAUUACCAUUUCAAGGGUGAGUUCAAAUAUAAUAUAUUGCAUUUCUUCUAUAAACUAUAGAUGGACAAUUUUUGAUGAACAUCUUUGUGGUUUUACCUUGAAAAAAUUUUUGACGUUUUCUAAAACGUUCUUAAAUUUAUCCGAUAAAAAUAAACGUUGAAAGUGUUAUUUAAACGUAAAAGAUAAGAGAUUAUUUAUUAGAAAAAAUAAAAAUUUAUUAAACUUAUAAUUUAAAAAUUUUACGUGAAAGGUGUUAAUGUUUAGUCUGUUGUGAUUAAACCAUCUUUUCAAUUACAUUUCUGAAAUGAGAUUAUUAUAUAUAUAUCAAAGGAAUAUAAAUCGAGUUAUUAAAAAUGAAAUAUUUAAAAAACUACAUAAACUGACGCUAUCUCAAAAUCGUGAAAGUACUUACCUUACAGAGAAAGUAUUAAACGUGAUCUAUUUCGAGUUGAAUUCGAUAUAUAAAAAAUAUACAUAUAUUAAUAUAUAUAAACGAACGAUGUAGAUUUACGCGAAUGAAAGUAUAUAGUAUAAUGAGGAAAGCUCAAGGAAUAAAAUUUUUUUGGAAACCA